UAUUUGCUAACGGAAAGAGUACGGUUCGAGCAAUAAAUAAGUAAAGCGAGUACUUAUUAAGAAGCGCAAGAGGCGCAGUAUUUUUGCAGUGGGUUAUUAUCAAGUGGCAUGCCCCAUUGACAUUCCAUCAUAUCAGCAGUACAUGAUACAUUUGGCAAAUUUAACGCACAAGUAAAUUUAACUGAGAUAAAAAACACUAAUAAAAAUAUUUUAAAAAAAGAAGGGAAGAGAAAACUGUAAGUCCUACCAAAUUGCUGUAUGUGGACUCGCCCUCACAUUUACAUUCUUUUACAUUCUUAAGGUUUGCUCUAUUGAACCUAUAGGUUAUAUGAUUAAUUGAAUGUCUAGAGAUUUGACACACAUUUUCAACCUUUUCUGUCCGUGCAUGAGAAUGCAUAUUCACUUGAUUUUCACAGCAUGUUAAAUUGAUUAAAACUUGAAAGUUAUAGAAGCUGUAAAGAAAAGAAAAAUAUGGGGAGAACAUGUAGCAAAGCACAUCCUGAGACACAGGCUAUGGUAUGUACAGGGUGCUCAUAUGUUGAUCCUAAUAUCACGUUUAUGCGUGUGAAUUAUGGGGAAGGAUGUUUGAACAAAUAUGAUGUAUGGGUUAAAGAAUGUGCUUUCCCAGAAAAAGGUAGUUUUAUUCUCAGACAGUUCGAACAACAGAAUUUUAAUUUGGAAGCAAAGAAGAGAGAUAUUCCUAAAAGUAAAAAAAAAAAAAAAACAGUUUUUGGCAGACUGGAAAGCAUUUGCUGAAUGGCAGAGAAGAAAAGAGAGAAAAAAUGUCAGGCAGGUCCCUUCAUCUGUUUCUCAGUGUGAUAAGUUACAGAAAGCCGAUCCCGACCUGGACUCUGCCCCACCGCGACGCCCACAGCCAGUAAGGAGGAAGGAACCUGCAGUUUCAGAGGCGCCUCCUCACAAUGAAGCAGCCCAGCCUACGCCACUCUAUCCGAACCUGUCAGAACUGAGCCACCAACCCCCACCGAACUAUGUGCCAGCCGUCCUAGCUUCACUGGUGGCGUUACACCCGAGAUCCCAAGUGAAGGGACCAACAACAUUGCUGCCUGAGGGCUUCAGACCAACAAAAUCAGACAGAGAAGGGAUAAUGCACGCCUCGGUGAAUGCCCCAACGCUAGAAGUGGCCAGAGAAAGAGGCCCUAUGCUAGUUCACAGACCCUGGACAUUGGAAGACAUCAGGAGCAGCAUGACGCAUCUGCCGGCGCUCCGCGAAGUAGGGGGAUGAACUUCAGAUAUUCUGCAGAGAAUUCAGACCCACCACUCAUGAACUAUGACGACUGCUCAUGGCAAAACUUGGCACGGACUGGGUCAAGGUUUCACGUGAAUUCCCAGAGAACGAUGUCCGCCUGAUCAACCCACAGUGGGAUGAUGGAGUCAACGCAAGGUACAGAGCACAAAUCAUGGCGCUCCAGCAGAGGCUGACGAACACCUUUCCUGUGCGAAUGGACAUGAGAAAAAUAGCAAAGUGUAAACAGAAAUAUUCAGAGACUGUGUCCCAGUAUCUAUCUCAUCUCACUGAAGUCCAUGAUGUAAAUUAAAGCCAGUAGCACUGGCAGAUGGACAAGCAACCGAAGUCACGGCAUGGGAAGCACAUCUCAGAAACAGCUUCAUGAAUGGUAUGAAACCAGAGAUCGUUGCUCUUGUAAAACGUCAACGCAUUACCUGGGACACUGGAAAUCUGACUCAGGUAGAAUGAUGUGCAAUCCACGCGGAGAAGCUCCUACGAGAGGCAAAGGAAAGAAAGAUGGAGAGGAAAACCAAAAGGACGCGGACGAGGAAGGCCAGGUGGCAACCCCCAUAGAUACAACUUCACAUGUUUUAUUUGCGGAAAAGUUGGACAUUUUGCAAGAGACUGUCCAGAGCAGAAGUGGACUGACGGGCGGAGCUAAGGGAAGGGUGAGGCACCUGGGAACAGAAGAGGUGACAUCAGAUACCCAAACUAUCAGUUAGCUCACAAAGAACAGGAAUAUAUGCACACACCCACAUCCAACAUUAGUCAGACUGACAAUUCACAAAUGUCUGAACCAGUCAUGACCCUUAACCUUUUAAAGUAUAAUGCCUCUCCUUUUACAUAGUUACCAUGUAUAUCUCUUGUAGUUAAUGGACAAAGUAUCACAUUUUUGGUAGAUUUAGGAGCAAACAAAUUCAGUAAUAAAAAAUCCCCAAAGAUGAGCGAUGGACUGGCACCCUGUCUAGGGUGUACCCCGCCUUGUGCCCGAUGCUCCCUGGGAUAGCCUCCAGGUUCCCUCGUGACCCUGAAAAGGAGUAAGCGGUAGAAGAUGGAUGGCUGGAUGGAUGGAGUUCACGGUCACUGCGCUCCAUGGGCGUGACAGGACAUUCAGUAUUAGAAUGUUUCUCUGAACCGCUAGUUCGUGAAUGUGAAAAUGAGAAAAGAGUAACCCAAAAAUUCCUAAUUUCGUCUUCAUGUCCAGUCAAUCUACUGGGCAGGGACUUAAUGUGUGUUUUACACUUAAAUUUGAUGUCCUCACCUCAGGGAGUAACAAUAAAUGAUGACUCAUCUUUGGGAACUCCAUUUGUUAGAGCAACAGAGCUCUGUGUUUAUCAAUGGUCCAAGCAUAACAAGCCUAGAGCCUGUGCUCGUUUGUUGACGUUGGCACAUGAUAAGAUGAAGGACAACUAUGUAGAUUUUAUGCUGUCCUCUGCCCUUCAUUGCACAGUGCAAGUGCAUGAAGAAAGAGACUUUAAUUUUGAGAAAGAAUGGUUUAUGGAUAUCCCAGAAAGUGAAGAGCUGUACCUAUAUUGGUGUGACAAAUUUUGUGCAUGUCCAGUCAAAUUGAAUGACACGCAAUUGCGUGUAUUUUUUGUCCCAGAAUCAGCGCCUCACGUCUCAUUAGCCAAAAUAAAGAACAAACAGUGGAAAGACGUGGGACUGUGGGUCAAAUUAUGUGAGAGUGAAAGAAUUACAGUUUGGGACCAUGAACCUACCUCCAACAUAUGGUACAGCCCGACGCUGGGAGUUUAUAAAAAAUUAUUUCAGGAAAUGUGCAAGGUUAACAGGGAUGUUCUUUGUCAUGAUAAGGGAAUGUUUCUGAACCUUGGGACAAGCCCCACACCCCUAGAGACACACCCACAAUUGAAGAAGGUGCCUCUCGGGCUGUGGGCCCAAGGGAAACAUGACGUAGGCCUGAUUAGAAGUGCACCACCACUCGUGAUCACGCCCAAAUCUGACUUUAGGCCCAGACAAUCUCAAUACCCUCUUAAAUCAGAAGCUAUUGAGGGAGUUAGGCCAGUAUUUAAUUCACUACUGAAGGCAGGGGUCAUUGUUCCCUGUCCUGAUUCAUUGGUGUGCACUCCAAUAUUUCCAGUGUGAGAAGCAAAAAAAACCAAAAAUCCAAAAUAAAACCCUACAACUUGAUGAAUGGAGAUUUGUACAAGAUUUGCAAGCGGUUAAUGCAGCAGUCAAACAGAGAGCUCCAGACGUGCCAAAUUCUUACACUACAUUAAGCCAAGUUCCAGCAAAUAGUGAAUGGUUUUCAGUCGUAGAUUUAGCUAAUGCGUUUUUUCAGUAUACCUCUUGAUAAAGACAGUGAGUUUUGGUUUGCAUUCAUAUUUGACGGAUGUCCUUACACAUUCACUCGCUUGUGUUAAGGGUAUUGAGAGUCACUAACGAUAUACAACCAAAUGCUAAAGGACAGCUUAGCACCUCUAUCACUUUCUCCAGGGCACAGUGUGAAACUGACACCAUUAAAUUGUUGCAGCAUCUUACCAAAGAAGAACACAAAGCCAGUCUCUCCAAAUUACAGUAACUUGGAUCGACACGCUGCAGAGUUUCCCCCGUGUGUAUGUGCAGUAGCAGCAGCUGAGAAAGCUGUGGUGUUACCCAGAGACCUGAGGGAGAAGGGGAACCACAUGACUGUGUUGUACUGACUAACAAACUCUGCUCCCCUAGAGUCGACCUGAAGGAUGUUCCAUUGGAAAACCCAGAUCUGAUCCUUUUUGUGGACGGGUCUGCGUCACGUGACCCAGAGACAGAUAAAAAUCGAGUGGGCUAUGCAGUAGUAACCGCACACGAGACGGUCUGUCAGGAAGUCUCCUCUCAAACCUUUCAGCACAAGCAGCUGAACUGUAUGCCCUCAUAGAGGCAUGAAGACAUGCUGAGGGACAGUCAGUAAAUAUCUACACAGACAGUAGAUAUGCCUUUGGGGUAGUACAUGAUUUUGGAAAGACAGGAAUUCCUGACGAGUUCAGGAACACACACAGCCCACCACAAACUAGUCUCUGAGCUGCUGGACGCAGUCCUACUCCCUAAAGCUAUUGCAGUAUGCAAAUGUGAUGCACACACUAACAAAUCAGAUCCUCUUCCCUAGGUAAUGCGCGAGCGGACAGUGCAGCAAAGCAAGCAGCUGCAUCUAUGGUCCCAAAACACAAAAGAAAAUAAUCACUCCUUCUUUACAGCUUUCAGACCUCCAAGCACGGGCUACGAUGGAAAAAAAGGCUGUGUGGUGCAAAGCAGGCUGCACGGCUGUUGACGGAGUUUGGCGGUGCUCCCAGGGCUGUCCUUGUCUUCAAAGUUGAUGCAUGGCAGGGACCAUGCGUCAAAAGGAGGAAUGAUAGUUGCCAUAAAGCAUUGGUUUCUCAAAUUACUCUAAAAAUAAUAAUAAUAAUAAUAAUUUUGUUUACGAUGUUUGCACAACUCAUAACAUGGGUUGAGGUUUGAAGGUAGAGAAGGCCACGUCCCGACGUCCAAACAGGACUCAGACGCGGUAAUGAUAAUCUCCAGUGAUAAUGGCACACCUUUUGUGAGCCAUGCCCUUAAGUAGGUGGGUGAAUAUUUGGGUAUUGAAUUAAAGCAGCACUGUGCAUAUCAUCCAGCUAGUGGUGGGGUGGUAGAGAAAAUGGGACACUAAAAAACAGACUGAGCAAAUGCUGUUCUGAAACAGGCUUAGGAUGGGUUUAGUCCCUUUGGGAUACUGUUUGGGAUACCUCCACACACAGGAAUUGGACCUGUGACAGCUCCUCUUCCCGACGCUGCAGCAUGUGAUGAUGCGAUGUUAAAUUACUGUGCAACCCUGUCGUCUGCUCUGCACUCUAUACACAAGCAGGUAAAGGCAGCGCUUCAAGCUCCAGCCAUGGGCCCGCUACAUGAUCUGAAGCCUGGAGAGUAGAUCGUGAUCAAGGACUUCUGCAGGACCAGGAACAAGCCACGGUGGUCGGGCCAUUCUAGAUCCUUUUCGUCACUCGCACUGUGGUAAAGGUCAGCCAGAAAGCCACGUGGAUGCACGCCAGCCACUGUUUACAGAGACACAAACAUGUUCUUCUGUUCAAGAGCUAAGAGGCCCAAACAUGUUCCAGCAGGACAAUGCCCCUGUGCACAAAGCAAACCCCAUGAAGACAUGGUUUGUCAAGGUUGGAGUGGAAGAACUCGAGUGACCUGCACGGAGCCCUGACCUCAACCCCACUGAAUAUCUUUGGGAUGAACUGGAACACCAACUGAACCCCAGACCUCCUCACCUGACAUCAGUGUCUGACUUCAGUAAUGCUCUAAUAGCUUAAUGAGCACAAAUCCCCACAGUUAUGCUCUAGUAGAGCUAGAAGAAAGCCUUCGCAGAAGACCGGAUCUAGUAGAAAGCCUACUAAGCAUACUAUGAUCUAGUAGAAAGCCAUCCCAGAUGAUUGGUGGUUAUUGUAACAGCAAAGGACUACAUCUGGAAAAAUAUGUCCAACAAGAACAUAUGAGUGAAAUGGUCAAAGUGUCCAAAAACUUUUGGCUAUAUAGUAUAUGUAGAUCUUCAUUCAGAUUAAUGGUUGGUAAUUUAGACUGCUAAAGACUGUCCUUCGUUGAUAUGCUGCACUAAGUAACUUAUCAGUUCUGCUGCUGCACUUCACAUUGCCCACCAGCAAACCCAGUGAACUCACUCUAAAAAUAGCCUGAGCAUGGAGCUUCCUUCUUUCAUGUUCACAGCUCGUGAACUGUACUGGGCCAUUUCUUUUUAUGUUCUUCAAUUAUGGGGGAAACAACGAGAAAGAGUUUGUAUCUCAGCUGAACUGUUGUUACGCUGUUGUUACGCUGUUGUUUAAAAGUUUGUGAUUGAGUGUUUCAUUACAGAGAGGAGCGUAUCAGAUCCUAGAGCUGUACUCAGGCAUAUGUAUGAGCAAAUCAGGACAAGGGAGCAAUGGGAAUUUUUUUAAGAGGACUAAAUGUUCCGCUUAUCUCCUACUGGAAAGUAACUAAUUUGCUCAAGGGGGAAAACAUACUUUAUGUAACCUGUCACAUUAUUCUCUGCUGAAUAUUCUCUAUAUAGAAUGAGUAGCCAGGAAUGCUUCUGGUGAUUUUCACACUUCCACGCAUGGAUAAUAAUAUGGGUGCUUCAAAUAAUACCCAUUAAUGACUUGCACCCACCAUCGUUUUUUGGGAGGAUCUCCAUCCGGUAUAAGAUAUAAAUACAUAUUUAUAUGAAAAUGUUUGUGAUGUGAGGUAAUAUGUUGGUUGCUGUUGUAUUUUCAUUAUUCCUGUGAGAAGUUAGUGGUUGUGUUCUGCGCUGAUGUCACCGGGAGACAGAUUUUGCAGUUAGCUGCAAACAAUUAAAGAACUUCCUUUCUCACUCACCAUUUUCUACUGACAUUUAAUGUCAUAUUAAUGAGAAAUCCAAUGUAGAAGUAGUGGAGACAACAAAAAGUUAGACUCAAAGUGCCAGAGUGCAAUGCUUCAGCUCGGCUAUGGCAAUCUACGAGAUGAUAAGUGCAAUGGUGCUGAUUGAAUACGGCAGUAUUAUUAUGAAAGGUAAAUCUUUGGAAGCUGAUCUGUUUGAGCGUACUAAUGAGGUGGGCGAAUCUGAAUAAAAUACUAAAGUGCUGCCGCAUCAAGGACUUCUCAUUGGCAGCACUAUCAACAGGCAGUUGAACAGAAUUGUGGGUAAUGUAGGAAAAGUGAAAAUAGACCAACAUAUUGAUAUUUAAGCUUAAACUAAAAAAAACAAAACAACCUCUUGCAUAGCUGAAAAUCAGAUCUUAAUUCUAAAUUUUGACAUGCAAGUCAUUGGUUGGAGUUAAUCAUUGCCUGAUGGAUCAUGUCAAAAUAAUCAAAGCGGCCCUAUUAUGUUUUCUCAGAUAUUACCUUUCAUGUAGAGUGUUUUAGCUGUUUGUGAAUAAAAGUCUGCAAAGUUUCAUAAAUCUAAGCGCACGACAAAUGGGGUUAUUGACUCCAAAAAGGAAGAACCGAUUCUGAACAGCUGAAACGAGUCGUCAGUAAUUCCAGACCGACUUCCUGUACUAACCUACGUAGGUCUGUAACAAAAAAACCCGCCCCUGGUCUUCAUUGGCUGCUCGCGAACAACGUGUUCUUUGACCCGCCCUCAAACAUUACACUACUUGCAUCCUGAAAGAGUUAAGUUCAUGUCUAGAAAACGUUGUUUUCUAGAAGCAAAGCCAC